UAUCAGAAGUAAUUUCUUAAUUUUGGCUGUGUUUCAUUCCUUUGCUCUUUCAUGGUGGAAAAACUCAAUCCUUUGUUCAUCUAAAAAUUUGAUAACCAUGGCCUUGUUCAAAUUGCACAUCUCUUUACCGUCACCGUCGACAACUACAUGAUACUAUUCCCUUUGACUUAAUUAAAUAGAUUAUUAUUAUAUUACCUAUUGACCGUUAUUAUUAUUAUUUUACUGUGUUUCCAAAAGUUUGUGUGGUUAUGAAUGUUGUCGUGGCGUGGACAAUAUAUUCAUACUUGCCAUAUCUAUUAUGUUGGAGGGUCUGAUCAAGGGAUUGAUCGACGUAGCUCUCGGCGGCAACAAUAACGAUCGCGAUCGCGAUCGCGAUGACAAUCAACCACGCGAUGAACGUUCCAGAUCAUCUUGGGCGGAGGUUGUUUCCGGAGAUCAGCAGGAUAAGGAGCAGAAAGAGGAGUGGCAAUCCGAAGGUUCUAGAUUCUCCAACAACAAGGAGGAAGUGGAACCGUGGCAAGACGAAAGUAGUAACCAUCGCAGGCCUCGUAAGGAACAAUAUCGUCCUCAGCAGCAGGACUACGAAUCUGAAACUUUCAACACUUCCAAUAGACCCAAUAAGUCAGAUGAAGAUAACAACGACGGGUGGCAGACUGUGGGCAAACCUUCAAGACAGACACACAAGGUUCCAAAGGAUAACUGGCAAAGCUAUAAACGACCUUCUGAUGAGCAAGAAUACUCCAAUGAAGUUGAAGUUGGUGCUAGAAUAGAGCCUUCGCAUGAUGAACUUGCUGAUCUGUCACGAGCUUGCGAAAAACUCUGGGAUCUGGAUUUAAAUCGUUUGGUACCGACCAAAGACUAUGAAAUUGACUGUGGUGAAGGGAAAAAAGUUUACCAAAAGGAAGAUAUGGCACAGGGGAGCUUGUUUACAUGGGUUAGUGAUGAUGUAUUCAGAAAGCCAACAUAUGCUCGAUUUCUUUCGCUGUUAGAUAAUUACAACCCACAUCAAGGAUCUAAGGAGGUUGUCACAUCUGAAGAGAAACAAGAGCAAGUUUCCUUCAUAGAAGAGAUUAGUAGAACAGCACCAAUUAAAUAUCUUCACAAGUUACUUGCUUCUAAAGGAAUCACAUCGGGGAGUUACCAAGAUUUUAAAAGAAUUUUGACCAGCUUGUGGUUUGACCUUUAUAGCCGUGGUGGAACUUCUGGUUCCUCAUCUGCUUUUGAACAUGUUUUUGUUGGAGAAAUCAAACAAACCAGUGAAGUUUCUGGAUUUCAUAACUGGUUGCAGUUUUACCUUGAAGAGGCAAAGGGGAGAAUUGAUUAUCAAGGAUAUAUUUUUCCCCGCAGACGGGGUGAAAUUCCUGACUCUGAAACCCAGCUUCUGACAAUUCAGUUUGAAUGGAAUGGUGUUCUGAAAUCUGUAUCAAGCACUUUGGUUGGAGUGAGCCCUGAAUUUGAAAUUGCUUUGUAUACCCUUUGUUUCUACGCCGGUGAGGAAGAUAACCACAUUCAGCUUGGUCCAUAUGAAGUCAAUAUCAAGUGCUACCGUUUAGGAAAUCGAAUUGGAUCUGUUUUCCCCAUUGCAGAUUCUUGAAUUUUCAGUCGCCAGGAAUGAUAGUAGUUGAGAACUUGUAAUAAGUCAUAAUGUAAAGGCAACUAUAUCCGUUAGAUCAACCAUUCAAGGUAGCACAAUAUUGAGACAAAGUACAUUUGUGGUUUUUGUCUAUGAUUAAGGAAAAAAUAUUGUGGAACUAGUGUGCUUCUUUUUUUCUUUUUUGUAAUUCAGUACCAUAAUUGAUUUGCUAUUGUGUGUUAUUAAAUUAUAAAAUAUCUUUGAGUUUGCUGGUUUGA